UGAUCGAAGAAAAUGAAGGCGGUUAGAAAAAUCAGAACCACGAAGGCGGGAACUGCACAAGUAGCUUCCAAAGUCAUGGUCAUAGAAUCAAAUCAGUAUUUUCUUUUAUUUUGUUUUUUAGUUUUCAUAUAUCUUUAUAAAAAUAGCUUGAAGUAGAGAGUUUCUGCAUAGUUGCUUAAUUCUACAACCCGUUUGGAAAGAAAGAUGAAGAUGAAAGCUACUAAAACAGGCGUUUCUUCUUCGCUACUCUUCUUUCUCUUCGCCAUCUCUAUAGGGACAUUGUUCUCCGCAGACUUCGCCGCAGCACAAAAUACGACAACAACCACACAGCCAAUAAGUGUGGGCGUGGUGAUUGAUUUCGAAAGAUGGGUUGGAAAAUUGGGGUUGAGUUGCAUAGAAAUGGCUCUUUCCGAUUUCUAUGCCUCUCUUGGCUAUAACUACAAAACCAGGCUUCAUAUCAAUGCCAGGGAUUCCAAAAAUGACGUAAUCGGAGCUGCUUCUGCAGCUCUAGACCUGAUAAAGAAUGCACAAGUUAAAGCCAUAAUAGGGCCUCAGACAUCCAUGCAGGCCAAUUUUGUUGUCGAUCUUGGUGAAAAAGCUCAAGUUCCUAUCAUAUCUUUCUCAGCUACCACACCCUCUCUCAACACCAGGAGUUCAUACUUCUUCAGAGCUACAGAAUGCGUAACAACUCAAAUUAAAGCCAUUACUUCACUGGUUCAAGCCUUUGGAUGGAGACAAGUCGUCCCUGUUUAUGUGGACGACAUAUAUGAAGAAGGACUGAUACCUUCUCUCACUGAAGCUCUGCAACAGAUCGAUGCUGGUGUCCCUUACAGGAGUCUCAUUUCUCCGAAAGCCAACGAGGAUCAAAUAGAAAAAGAGCUUUACAAGCUGAUGUCAAUGCAGAGCAGAGUUUUCAUUCUCCAUACGUCUUCUGAUAUGGGUUCUAGGCUUUUAACAAAGGCAAAAGAGAUUGGUAUGAUGGAAGAAGGAUAUGUUUGGAUAAUGACAAAUGGCAUGACUAAUAAUCUUUUUCAAUUGAAAUCCAAUUCUUCGAUCAUGAAUUCUAUGCAAGGGACAUUGGGUAUAAAGACCCAUGUCCCGAAGACAAAUAAGCUUAAAGACUUCAGAGCUCGAUGGAAGAGGAAAUUUCGGCAGGACAAUCCAGACAUACAUGAUAUUGAACUGAAUGUUUUCGGAUUAUGGGCUUAUGAUGCUGCCAUAGCUCUGGCUAGAGCAGUUGAAGAGGUUGGGAUUGGAAAGUGGGACUUCAAGAAGGACAACAAUGUUUCAGAAAACCAAAAUACAGACCUUGAGUCAUUUGGGGUUUCUCAAAAUGGUCACAAAAUCAGUGAAGCAUUAACAAGGGUGAGAUUCACUGGUUUGGUAGGAGAUUUCAGAUUUGUCAACAGGCAGUUAGAUGUUUCAACUUUCGAGAUAAUCAAUGUCAAUGGUAAUUGGGAAAGAGUGGUCGGAUUUUGGACACCCGAGAAGGGAUUGGUAAGAAAUUUGAGUUCGACAACCACGAGCAACAAAAUGAAUUUGAGAGAUAAUUUGGGACCAAUUAUAUGGCCUGGUGAACCUUCAUCAACUCCAAAAGGAUGGGAGAUGCCGAUAAACGGGAAAAAGUUGAAAAUUGGUGUUCCACCCAAACGUGGUUUCAAUGAGUUUGUUGACGUGAAAUAUAAUAAUGCAACAAACAGAACCGAAUUCCAUGGCUACUGCAUAGACGUCUUUGAGGCCGUAGUGAAUGCUUUGCCUUUUGGUCUUGCCUAUGAAUUUAGUGCGUUUGCGAAGCCAAAUGGUGAUAUUAACGGUACUUAUGAUGAUUUGGUCUAUCAAGUGCACCUUGGGAACUUCGAUGCUGUGGUUGGUGACGUAACGAUUAGAUUCAACAGAUCCUUGCAUGUAGACUUCACACUGCCAUUCACAGAAUCUGGUGUGACAAUGAUCGUUCCGGUUAAAGACAAACGGAGCAAAAACCCAUGGGUUUUCUUGAAGCCUUUGACGCGGGAUCUUUGGGUGACAACUUUUUGCUUCUUUGUCUUCGUCGGUUUUGUUGUUUGGGUCCUUGAGCAUCGGAUAAAUGAAGAUUUUCGAGGUCCUCCUUCACACCAAAUUGGCACAAGCUUCUGGUUCUCCUUCUCAACCAUGGUCUUCUCUCAUCGGGAGAGAGUGGUUAGCAACUUGGCGAGGUUUGUGGUAACAGUAUGGAUAUUUGUGGUGUUAAUACUGACUCGGAGUUACACUGCAAGUCUAACCUCACUUCUAACAGUCCAACAACUCCAGCCAACUGUGACGGACUUAAACCAGUUGCUUAAAAACGGAGAGAAUGUGGGUUACCUCAAAGAUUCUUUUGUUUUAGGACUUUUGAAAGGUCUCGGAUUUCCCGAAUCCAAGCUUAAGACUUAUGAAUCCUCGGAAGAAUUAGAAUUAUUAUUUAAAAAGAAAAAAGAAGAAGGUGGGAUCGCUGCUGUUUUAGAUGAAUAUCCCUACAUGAAACUCUUCCUUGCAAAGUAUGGCUCGAAAUAUGCAAUGGUUGAACCCUCAUUUAAAACUGAUGGCUUUGGCUUUGUUUUUCCAAAAGGCUCGCCUCUGGUGCCAGAUAUUUCAAGGGCAAUCUUAACUGUAACAGAGCGAGGCACAACAAAGGAAAUAGAAAAGAAAUUGUUUAGGCAAGUAACUAAUUACCAAGACUUUAACUCACAAGUUUCCUCAAACGUUCUUGGUCUUGAAAGCUUUUGGGGUUUAUUUCUCAUUGCUGGAGUUGCUUCACUCUCAGCUCUCAUAGUAUUUGCGGCUAUAUUUAUCUAUCAGCAAAGGCAAAUCAUCACUGAUUCUGAUAGAGUGGAUUCAAUAUGGGAAAAAGUACUCGAAAUGCUAAGAAUCUACGACCACAAGGACUUGAGUUCGCAUACUUUUAAGAAGAAUGCUGAAGUUGAAUAAGACAGAGAAGGUGAUCAUGUGGUUGAUGGGGCAUGUGAAGGCUCAACAGAAAUCAACUUGCAUCCCAGUCCAUCUGCUUAUUCAAUCCACACAGAUCAGUCAGACUUAGCAUUCUUAGGAGAGCAGGAAACUCCUCCCGGGGAAUUUGGAAGUACAAACCAACCAAUUUCUGAUAUUGAACUUGGUUUUGUAGCACACCAAGAGACACCCAAUUACAGCUCCUGAAACCCAUGGUAAUAAUUGAUCAAACAAGGUAAUCGAUUGUUUUGUAGAUCAUUAGUGUACAAGUAAUUUGCUCUAGUUCAAAAUAGAGGGAUAACAUGUAGAUAAGGUCCAUGUUUUUUUACAUGUAUAUUUUACUUGGAAAAAGAAUGGAAUCUCAUAUACUUUGAAAUUCUUGGUCUGAAAUGGUUUAUGGGAUUGAUCUAACAGAUUUUCAUGAAGAACUUGACUGUUUAAUGAUGCUGCUUAUGAAAAUGAUUAACUAGGCUUUAUAUGUACACACAGUACUUUCUUAUAUUCUCACUUCCCUGUCGGAUACUUGGGAUUAUGAAUUAUUGAAUUUGUAAUGGGGUUUCCAGAAAUUAUUAUGAACGGGCCAUUGCACUUGUGCUGUUGUUGAAUAAUGGGCCAUUGCACUUGGUCCUCUUUACAGGGCCUAGUUUUAUUUUUUAGAAUCUGCAGUACUGGGCUUAUUAUGGUAAAAACU